GGUCAGUCACAAAGUCAGAAAAGAACAUAAAAUGUGCAACAAUCCUUGAAACCCCUGGUUUAGGGGGAAGGACACUUCUGCUUGCUACAUCAUUUUAGCCAUGAGUGGAUGUCCAUAUUUUCAGCAGAAAUUCUUGUCAACUAGUAAGCAGCAUUCUCAAGAAGAUGAGAAUGAUAAUGCUCAGACUGGAAUUAACAAGGCCAGCAAAGGAGGUCUUAUUUAUGGUGAUUAUCUGCAGCUGGAUAAAAUUGUGACUUCUCAGGUGCUUCAAAGUGAGCUGAAGGGAAACAAGAUCCACGAUGAACAUCUGUUCAUCGUCACACAUCAAGCCUAUGAACUGUGGUUUAAACAAGUUCUAUGGGAGCUGGACUCAGUAAGAGAAAUCUUCAUCAGUGGGCAUGUCCGUGAUGAGCGAAACAUGCUCAAAGUCAACACUCGCAUCAACAGGAUUGUAAUGAUAUUCAGACUAUUACUAGACCAAUUUGCUGUUCUGGAAACCAUGACUGCCUUAGACUUCUAUGACUUCAGGGAAUAUCUCUCACCAGCCUCAGGUUUCCAGAGUCUGCAGUUUCGACUGUUGGAAAACAAGAUUGGGGUCCCACACAACCAGAGAGUUCCCUACAACAGAAAGCAUUACCGGGACAUUUUCCGUGAUCAGGAAAGCGAGCUGCUUCUUCACUCAGAGCAGGAGUCCACUCUACUUCAGUUAGUGGAGAAAUGGCUGGAGAGAACACCAGGCUUGGAGGAAGAUGGCUUUAACUUCUGGUGGAAACUUCAAAACAAUAUUUUUGAUGGGUUCAGGAAAGAGAAAGAACAAAUAGAGCAAAAACCAGACUCUGAGAUGAAAGAAGAGAUGAUGGCAGAGUUCAUUAAACAGAGAGACAUUUUCAUAUCCCUUUUUGAUGAGAAACGACAUGAUCACUUACUAAGCACGGGUCAGAGGAGGCUGUCCUAUAAGGCACUACAGGGAGCCCUAAUGAUCUACUUUUACAGAGAGGAGCCUCGAUUUCAGGUUCCGUUCCAACUUCUGACAUCUCUGAUGGACAUCGACACACUCAUGACAAAAUGGAGAUACAACCAUGUAUGUAUGGUGCACAGAAUGAUUGGCAGUAAAGCUGGCACAGGUGGCUCAUCAGGCUAUCAAUAUCUGCGCUCCACUGUCAGUGAUCGCUACAAGGUGUUUGUGGAUCUAUUUAACCUGGCCACCUUUCUGAUUCCGAGGGAAUGGGUUCCUAAGCUGGACCCAAAUGAGCACAGCUUCCUGUACACCGCUGAAUGCUGUGACAGCUCCUACUGCAGCAGUGAUGACUCAGACUAAACAGGGAUGAAGGAAUGGAUGGACAAGACACUAUAAAAGAUUAUCAGUAUAUAAUGUUAGAAAGAGAUGCUUUAGAUGUUUCAUAAUAUCAAUCUUCUUUCUUUGUGAAUUUAAGCAUGGUGUCACCAUAAUCUCAGUGAUACUGUUAAUGCACUUGUGUAUAUUUGGUCAAUAAAAUGUAAUAUAUAUCCAUUGUAUGAGAGGCUAACUGAUUUGUAUUUUGUAAAUAAAUAUAAUACACAUAUAAAACAUAAAGAUAA